GAUAAUAUUGGACACCGUUUGCUACAGAAGCAUGGUUGGAAGCUGGGCCAAGGCUUGGGGAAAUCUCUUCAAGCAUAAUGAUCCGGGACUUGUUGUGGUGAUGGUAAACUUAGUGGUAAUUUUAAAUUUUCAGACUGAAUUUACUUCUUUUUGUCAUCAGAGCACCAAAUAUGUUAGGCUUACUUUUCUCUGUUGUAGCCUUCAUCUUUUCUGCUUGGUCUUUUCGUUUCCCUUUUUUUCCUUUCCAUUUCUUCAUGCACUCUUUUGUGUCUGAUCCUUGUUCAUUAAGGGUUUAAUGCUCAAAAGGGAUGUCUGUGUUAGAACUGCCAAAAAUUUGUGGAGAUUCACUUCAAAUACCAAAUCUCUAAUACUGUCCAAACUUGAUCUCCCCACACCUUUCCCAAGCACAUACUGAUUGUUAGUAUUUACUAUGACAAUUCAGUAGAUAAUUGAAAUUGAAAACAUUGACUGCAUUAGGAAGCAAACGUACUAAUGUAUUCUUCAUAUUAUAAAGGAGUCUGUCAUGUUCAUUUGGACAGAACAAAUGUCACUCCUGUAGAUAAGUAAAAAUUAAAAGAAAAAUAUAUAAUUUAAAAUACAGUAUUAUGAAUGUGGUUCUUUUGCUCAAAACUGCAGUCAUCGUUUUGUAUACAAUUGGGCAUAAAUCCCCUUCGUCCCCUACCCUUCUUACUGAAAAUGUGUAUAUCUCUCUAUCUCUAUCUCUCUCUCUAUAUAUAUAUAUCUAAAUAAAAAUUGUACUUAAAAAUGGUUUUUCACAGAUGGCUAGUGUUUACAAAUUUGAUCACCCAACCCAGGUUUCUAAAUUUGAGAUACAGCAGAAAUUUCUCUCUUGAAGAGUUGUUCAACCUGGAAAAUGUUGAAAUGUAUUCCCAAAUUAAAUUUACAUUGAGGAUUGGUUUGCUUCUAUUUUAAUGGCACAUCAAGGGCAAAACUUUAUUUAAACCUCAUGUUAAAUAUUGUGAGGACUUACAGUUCCUGUGUUAAAAUUAAGAAACCGAAACAAAGCUAAUAAGUCCUCUGACAGUAGUGAGACAUGAACUCGGAUUUCCCAAGUACAGUCUUGUCAGCUGGGCUACUCUUAACUGUCAAAAAAUUAACUUAUCAAUUUUUUAAAGAAAUGCAAAUACUGAAGUAUUCAAAAAUAUUAUCUGUUAUGCCACAUGAAGUCCAGUUUCCUUAUUUCAGCACGAUUCAAGCUUGGACAUCUUUUGACCAAGGGUAUAAUCUGUGUUUUUGAAUGAAAGGAAUAUUGUUAACACCAAUCCCCCCCAAGUUUGAUAAUGAGGGAAGUAAACAUUUUGUUUUUUCACUCAAGGUAUGCACCAGAUAAGGUAAGUAAUUCCUUUUUACCAGUGCCCUUACAUCACAACUCACAGCGCAUGUUGUGAUGUAAAAAUAAACACCCCAAAGGCUGUGAUAGUCAAAGUGCUCGUCUGCCCCAUUUCGCUUUGUUUGGCUGGUUAUGAGUGAAUUAAAAUACAUAUGGAAUCUUCAGCAUAGUUUGAUUAGUUCAAAGUCAGUUUUCUUCGCAACUAGUCCUUUUCACAGCUUAUAAGGAAAGGAUAUGGCAGAAUCCAAAGAGCCCAUUUUUAACACCAAGGUUAAUCUUCCAAAACUCUGAAAUAAUUGCAUGCUAAAUGGGAGUUCGUGGACAUUGGUAAUCUGUGUCCUAUGGUCUGAGAUAAUGCAUCUUUCCCAUUCCUCAAAUUUUUUGAUCUUCUAAUGUAAAGAUCAUUAAAUUUAGUAUUAACUUGAUGAAAUAUUUGGGCCAAAACUAGAGGCAACAAAGAGAAAACAAGGCUAGGUCUGGCGAUCAAGAUAUAUAGAUUCAUGAUUGUAAGCUGUGAGAAUGGCUUGUGUUUGGUUCUCUGUAGCUUUCUGGUCUCUGCACUCCAAAGGCAAGAUCUCUAACCAACCCCAAACCAAUGUGUACAAAGCGACUUACCAGAGGAUAAUCAUUCUGUCCUAUUCACUCAACUGAUAGAUUUGAUUCCCUUACAGGUAGAACGGAUCCCAUCCCUAUCGUUGUCAAAUAUGAUGUCAUGGGCAUGGGUCGGAUGGAAAUGGAGCUUGAUUAUGCUGAAGAUGCCACAGAAAGGAGGCGGGUCUUGGAAGUGGAGAAGGAAGAUACUGAAGAACUCAGGCAAAAAUAUAAGGAUUACGUGGACAAAGAAAAGGCAAUUGCCAAGGCUCUUGAAGACCUUCGAGCCAAUUUUUACUGUGAGCUAUGUGAUAAGCAGUAUCAGAAACACCAGGAGUUUGACAACCACAUAAACUCUUAUGACCAUGCUCACAAACAGAGAUUAAAAGAUCUCAAGCAAAGAGAAUUUGCUCGCAAUGUUUCGUCAAGAUCCCGGAAGGAUGAGAGAAAGCAGGAGAAAGCCCUUCGCCGUCUACAUGAGCUGGCUGAACAGAGGAAACAACUUGAAUGUGCUCCAGGAAGUGGCCCGAUGUUUAGAACCACUACUGUGGCAGUAGAUGAAGAAGGAGGAGAGGAUGAUGUGGAUUCAACAUUUCCUGGUAGUUGCUCCUCCUCCUCACCAGCUUCUGGGCAAGCUAGCAACAUGACCAUGGAUAAGAGUAUAACUUACAGCAGUGGGCAAAUCAGUAGUAGUCCUGGACUUGCUCAAGUUCCUGCCCAGAUAUCACAAGCUGUUGGUCUGGGAAUUAACAAGACAGGUGUGUCUUUCUCAUUUGCGAAAAAAGCCCCUGUAAAGCUAGAAUCAAUUGCUUCAGUAUUCAAAGACCAUGUGGAUGAAUCCAGUUCUCCUGAUGAUGAAGUUAAAAGUGAUGAAAAAACCCAUUCAGAUUCUGGAACUUUGGGAAAAAUUGGAGAAAUUGAAGGAACAAACAGCUCUGACAGCAAAGGAGAAGAAGAUGAGCAAUCACAGGAGAAAGAUGCUACAUUAUCAAAGCUAAGAAAAAUGAAACGGGAUGAUGGACCAAUGGCAGUAGAACCAGAAUAUUAUCACUAUAUUCCCCCUGCACAUUGUAAAGUGAAGCCCAACUUUCAGUUUUUGCUGUUUAUGAAGGCAACGGACCAGGUAGAAGCAGAAGCAGCAAGCAAAAAAAUAGCUUGUGAAAGGAAACAAAACAAUUCCCCUAAACUCAAAGUGGCAAAAAGUGAUGAGAAGGAGACAGCAGCAGAAUGUGUGACCCCUCAGAAGGAGCAGAGUCCUGCCAACCAAAUCAACAAAAUGGAAGAUAAGGACAUUUUGAGGGAAACAGGCAAGCAAGAAGAAAAACAACUUAAGGGAAACAAUUCUCUAGAUUCAGAUGUCAUUAAAGAGAUUCCCCAGGCUCCAGGAACUAGUAAAGAAACCACAGAAGGGCCUAAACAUUUAACAGGGCCGUUCUUCCCUGUUCUGAGUAAGGAUGAGAGCACCACCCUCCAGUGGCCUUCAGAACUGCUGAUCUUCACCAGAGCAGAACCCUCUGUGUCAUAUAGCUGCAAUCCCUUAUAUUUUGACUUUAAGCGGUCUCGUAACAAAGACGUUAAAAUGAAAGGAACGGAAAAACAGAAAGGUUCAAUAAACCUUUCAAAGGAGAAAAUGCAGGCUGCUGAAGAUAGUGAUGCAAGCAAAAGCAAAGAGAAGGAUAUACUAGCUGGCAGUUCAACUACAGUGCCAGAAAGCAAGACCUUGGUAAUGUGUGGCAAGCAGGAAGUCAGCCCUGUAAGAACUGGCAAAAGUGAAAAUCUGGAAGAGAGCAGUAGAGGCAAUCUUGCUAGUCGCAAAGACAAAAUGGGAAAAUCUCACAAACACAAAAAAAAGAAGAAGCACAAAAAAUCCACCAAACGUAAACACAGGCGCAAAUGUGAGGCAGAGGAGAAAAGCAGAGAAGGGGACUUAGCAGAAGAUAAAUCCAAGAAGCAGAAGAAACACAAGCACAAAAAGAACAAAUCAUCUUUUCUCACUGAGGCUGAACGGAUACAAAAGACUGAGGAUACUGGCUAUUCUAAAAAAAGAAAGUGGUGUGUACAAGACUCUCAAAGGAAGUCUCUUUCUACUGAAGAAAGCAAUAAGAAAGAGGAUGGUGAUACUUCUUCCCAAGAUCAUGGCAACAAAAAAACCAAGGGGGACUUGCAGCAGUCCUUGUUUGCAAGCAAAAAGCGACCUUCAACCUCCACUUCAGUUUACCCCAGUCAUCGAGGCCAACAGAGCAGUGGUGGCUAUGAGAGUGAUGGAGAUUCCUCCUGCCACAAGCACUUCAGGCAGAAAUCAGCAUCACAAUAUAGUGAUGAUUAUUACUCUGGCAGUGACUGUUCACGAAGCCGCUCACGGUCAGGACAUAGACACUCCUCAAGAAGAUCAUCUCAGAGAUCCUAUUCAUCAACUUCAUAUGCUUCCUCAGACAAUAGUCGGUACAGUCGGCGCCAUAGCUACUCAGAAGACAGCUAUAGUGAUUACAGUGACCGAUCACAAAGUCGUACUAAGCACUCCCACGACUCAGAGGAUGAUUCAGAUUAUACCAGUUCCAAGCGCAGAUCAAAGAGGCGCAAGUACUCUUCUUCAGAAGAUGACUACAGCCUAAGCAGAAGCAGGUCCCGGAGCAGGAGCGGAAGUCGAACUCACACCAGAGGGAGAUCAAGGACUAGAAGUCGAGGAAGGACACGCAGCAGUAGCUGUAGCCACAAUCGAAGCAAGCGGCGGAGCAGGAGCCGAACAGUACAUAAUUGGAAACGGAGUAGAAGUUACAGCCGAGAACGUAGUCGGAGCACAAGAAGCCUUUCACAAAGAUCUCUCUCACGGAAAGGGUCCCGUGGUCAUGAAAGCCCUGGGGAGAGAAGAUCUGGCCGGCGUGAUUUCAUCCGGUCAAAGAUAUAUCGCUCACAGUCCCCUCAUUAUUUUAAAGUCAGACAAGGUGAAGGGUUUGCAAGAAAGGACGAAGUCAGAGGAGAAGAAGCUAUAGGAGCCUCCAGUCUCUCUCAAAAUAUCGGCAGCUCUAACUUUGGGAACAUCUGUAACCCCGAGGAGAAAAAUUCUGCCACAGCGAAACUCCUUCUGGAAAAAAUCCAGUGUAGAAAAGUAGAAAAGAAAUCUAGCAGCAAUGAUGAUUCCAUUACAGGAUCUCACAAGGUAGGAAUUAAACUGAAAGAUCCACCACAAGGCUACUUUGGCCCAAAGCUUCCUCCCUCAUUAGGCAAUAAACCCGUUCUUCCAUUAAUUGGUAAACUUCCUGCAGUUAGGAAACCAAGCACUAAGCAGUGUGAGGAAUCUGGUUUAGAAAGAGGAGAAGAAUUGGAACUAUCAGAGCUGGAUGAAACAACCCAUGAGAGUGGCGACCUUGUUUCAGCAAAUCAACCUCAAGUGGAGGAAACCUUGGUGACUGGAAUAGAGGACAAUGUUUCAUCUGAUCAGAACGCAGAAGUAGCCACAAAGCUAGUUCCUGUUCCUCUUGAGGCCCCAGUACUCCCAGAGCAGUAUGGCUCUGGUGACUUGGUUGUGCCACACAAUUUCCUCCCUGAUCCCAAUGAAAAUGAAACUUUAGAGCCUCUUGACAGUGGAAACCAACCUGUCCCUAUAGAAGGAAGGAUGGUACCUUUAGUCCCAGAUGUUGAGCAUUUUCCUAGCUAUGUAGCACAAAGUGGGGAGCCCAGCAUCAGUGGGGAGCCUGAAGGCACUGAAGACUCUUCCUUGGCACCUCUAGAGAGCCAGCCCAUCACUUUCACACCAGAAGAGAUGGAGAAAUAUAGCAAGCUUCAGCAAGCAGCUCAGCAGCAUAUUCAGCAACAGUUUCUUGCCAAGCAGGUCAAGACCUUUCCAGCCUCAGCUGCUCUAGCUCCUGCCACAGCCCCUGCCUUGCAGCCCAUUCAUAUCCAACAACCUGCGGCAGCUGCAGCCACCUCCAUUACAACUGUUCAGCAUGCCAUCCUGCAGCAUCAUGCAGCAGCAGCAGCUGCAGCCAUAGGAAUCCACCCUCACCCACAUCCCCAGCCUCUUGCUCAAGUACAUCACAUUCCCCAGCCCCAUUUGACACCUAUCUCAUUAUCCCACUUAACUCAUUCAAUCAUCCCAGGGCACCCUGCUACAUUCCUGGCCAGCCACCCCAUCCAUAUCAUCCCUGCUUCUGCCAUCCACCCGGGUCCUUUCACUUUUCAUCCUGUCCACCAUGCUGCCCUCUACCCAACUCUCUUAGCUCCCCGACCAGCAACUGCUGCUGCCACAGCAUUACAUCUCCAUCCCCUUCUGCACCCCAUUUUCUCAGGGCAGGAUUUGCAGCAUCCUCCUAGUCACGGCACAUGAAGUGAGAAAGAUGUGGCCUCUUUUGGGGAGAACAUAGGGGCAUAUAUCUCUGUGUGCAUUGAUUGGUGUUUUGUACAGACUGUCUGAAGGCCAUGACUGACACCACCUGAGAAUAGUGAAAUGGGAGAACUGGGUGUGGAAAGGGGAAGUGAAUGUAACAUAUCCAUGGAAAGGGGGAAAAUGUUGCUGAAGUUCUGCUUGUCAGUAUUUUCAGGAUCCUCUGCACCCAGAGCGGUGACUUACUCACAUCUAUAUGAAUGUGAAGUUCUUCAGCAGAUAGGCCUCUCUUAAUUGCUGAUGCUUGUGUUUUUAAAUCAUUUCCUCUCCACCCUGAAGUUCUGAGUGAAUAAUAUCUAAAUUAUUUGCCUUUAUUUGCUAUUUAUUUGAGUUCACUUUAAAGCUUAAAACUUUAAGCAAAAGAGUCAAAAGAUAGUCUACAUCCAACCCAUUCCUCUGUUCCUCUCUACCCAAUCAAGAACCAUUUUCAACAACCUGCUGAUUACUACAAACAGCAAGCUUUCUUCUCAAGCAAGAUUGGCCCUGCUUUCCUCCCUGUGCCACUGCCACAAGGGGAAGGAACAGAAAGUAAUUCCUUUAUCAGUCUUUGAAGCAAUAUGUUGUACUGGAAUCCUGGGAACAUCCAGAAUAUGACUUGUAUUCUGUCCUCUGUAAUAUUUGAUGGUUCCUUAUUAACUUAUAAUUUUUUUUCAGAAAAAAAAAAGGUUUUUAAAAAUUGCACUGAACUCUGUACAUGUCAAUGCUGCUUUUUGUAGCUCUUCUGACAAAUGUUCCAUAAUGAUAGUAUACUGCAAUAACAUUUUUAUAGCUUGCUCUUUGAGUGGUACUUGUUCAGGUUGUUUGGGUUAUCUAUAAAUUUUAAUGUAGUUGGAAAGAAAGCUUGCAACAAAGGUUCACAGCUCAUUGUGGCAAAGGCAUAAGAAGAAUUUAAGCAUGUCUAUUCAAGCUCAGUUUUGUUUUCUUGGAUGCCAAGAAAACAAAGGAAAAAAUAGGAAUUAUUUUCUACUAGAGAAAAUGUGUCAAGAUUUGGAAUAAAGUAAGAGCAAUGAUACGAACCUUUUUAUACCAUAGCUAAUUAAUUCCAGUGACUUAUCUUGGAACAUCUGUGAAGCCUGUGUGAUACUUUGGUCUUUACUGCAUCCUCUUGUAAAGAGCCAGGCUGCUAUUUGGAGAGAAGUAGUCCAUUGGAUGGGUAAAAAAAAAAAAAGUCCAAAUGACUUUCCAAUCAGAAGAAAAGGUGUGUCCCACAGAAGAAUCUCAGAAGUCUAAUAACUUUUGGGGGGGGGGGGAUUUAAGUUUGCAGCAACAAAGUUUCUAUAUAGAGGUGUGUGACUGUGUGUGUGUGCUUUUGUGUGUGUAUCUAUGCACACACACUUGUGUUUAUGUAAGGCUAUUGUUUAAACGUGUGCCUUUACUGUAUAUGCUUUAGAGAGAUUCUGAGUGGUGUGUUUUUAUUUGAAUUUCUUCCAAACGAAGUGAUGGGUUACCUGAUUUCACAGCUGUCCCUUUUAAUGGAGAGAAUGUCUGCCUUAAAAGAGAGAUAAUAAUUUUGUUACAUUUAAUUCUUCUACUUAUUUUCUUCAACUCUGGUGGGGGGAAAAGAAGGCAAGAAAAGAAAGUGAGCUUUCUGUGCAGCCAUGGCUAUUUAUAACAUAACUGUCCAACUACUGCUAAUGUUGAUCAUGGAAAAUGGCCUCCAUUCCAAAACUUCCAAUAUAACCACUGUUCUUUGCUUCUCUGAAUAUUUCAAGCUCCAGGCUUCUUUUCCUUUGCUAAUUU